GUGUGUCAAAAUGGUCAAUAAACAAAUUGUUGCUGUUGUUUGAUCCCUAGGAAUACAUUUAAUUUAUUUAAUUACCUAUGAGGAAGUUCAACUACAUAAGAGAAAAUCUGUGAAGAAAUACUGCUGCUGCGUUCAUCACAGCACAAUGGACUUCACAAAAAUAUGUAGAGUGUGCCUUGAUCAAAAUAAGGAGACAUUUGAUAUUUUCACAAGUUAUUAUGCAAAAAGAAAAACGUUGUACAGCGAAAUGUUGUCUGAUUGUACUAAAAUUAAGCCCAGCCUAGACGACGGACUGCCUCGGUUAAUUUGUAAAGAUUGCUGUAGGCAACUGAAACGCGCCUACGCCUUCAACCUCCAAUGUGAAAACAGUGAUGAGCAAUUAAGAAAAUAUUUGAAAACUCCAUGUAAAUCUGAAGAAAAGUAUGAGCCGAACCAGUUAUUAGAUGAGACCAAACACGUAGUAAAUGAUGGAGUUAAGAAUGAAACCGGAGACGUAUUGGAUUUUCCGCCCAUUAGAGACGAAGAUAUUUCAUUUCCGCUAGAUUCUGACUAUAAUCUGAAGGAAAAUAUAAAAAUUGAAACAGACUUCAAAGAUGAAGCGGGUGAUGGCUAUGAUGAUGGAAGUACAUGGGAAGCCGAUGACAAUGAGGUGCUACAAGAUGCUGCAUUUCGUAUCAAAGUUAAAAAGAGAAAAGAGCCUAGCAAUGAUGAUGAAAAACCAAAGAAGAAAAGGGGACGAAAAAAAAUUGAGAAAGCGGAAGGUGCUGAUAUCCUGCCAGAGAGCAAACUGCCUCACCAGUGCGACAUAUGCGGCAAGUUCCUCAGCACUCGUAGCAACCUAAAAGCGCACAAGAUAUGCCACACCGACCUCAGACCGUAUAAGUGCGGCGACUGCCCGGCUACUUUCAGAGGCCACAGCGCCUUGUUCCAGCACCGCAAGCUGCACACGGGCGAGACGCCGUACCACUGCGAGUACUGCCCCAAGCAGUUCCGGCGCCGCACCGGGCUCGUCAACCACAUCCGCAUGCACACUGGUUCGUUGUUACAUGUUAGUUACUGUGGUAUCGUCUGCAGAGGCCACAGCGCCUUGUUCCGGCACCGCAAGCUGCACCGGGCUCGUCAACCACAUCCGCAUGCACACUGGUUCGUUGUUACAUGUUAGUUACUGUGGUAUCGUCUGCAGAGGCCACAGCGCCUUGUUCCGGCACCGCAAGCUGCACACGGGCGAGACGCCGUACCACUGCGAGUACUGCCCCAAGCAGUUCCGGCGCCGCACCGGGCUCGUCAACCACAUCCGCAUGCACACUGGUUCGUUGUUACAUGUUAGUUACUGUGGUAUCGUCUGCAGAGGCCACAGCGCCUUGUUCCGGCACCGCAAGCUGCACACGGGCGAGACGCCGUACCACUGCGAGUACUGCCCCAAGCAGUUCCGGCGCCGCACCGGGCUCGUCAACCACAUCCGCAUGCACACUGGUUCGUUGUUACAUGUUAGUUACUGUGGUAUCGUCUGCAGAGGCCACAGCGCCUUGUUCCGGCACCGCAAGCUGCACCGGGCUCGUCAACCACAUCCGCAUGCACACUGGUUCGUUGUUACAUGUUAGUUACUGUGGUAUCGUCUGCAGAGGCCACAGCGCCUUGUUCCGGCACCGCAAGCUGCACACGGGCGAGACGCCGUACCACUGCGAGUACUGCCCCAAGCAGUUCCGGCGCCGCACCGGGCUCGUCAACCACAUCCGCAUGCACACUGGUUCGUUGUUACAUGUCAGUUACUGUGGUAUCGUCUGCAGAGGCCACAGCGCCUUGUUCCGGCACCGCAAGCUGCACACGGGCGAGACGCCGUACCACUGCGAGUACUGCCCCAAGCAGUUCCGGCGCCGCACCGGGCUCGUCAACCACAUCCGCAUGCACACUGGUUCGUUGUUACAUGUUAGUUACUGUGGUAUCGUCUGCAGAGGCCACAGCGCCUUGUUCCGGCACCGCA